CAUGUUAGAAGCUGUUUCUAGUGAACUGUGUUAACUCGCACAUGCAGGUUGUUAAAGGAAGUAAAUCGUCUCUCGUGUUGAACAGAUCAUGUGGCUGAUGAUGAUGAUAAGGUCGCUGCUGAGGCGCCCGACGUAAAGAUGACGACAUGAGGUUUUUUUUUUUUUUUUUUCGUUUUCGUCGGAACCAGCAUGGUGUUUGGAGCGUAAGGCCAAACUGAAACCGAACCGGAGAGUGGAGAAAUGAGCGGUUCGCUCGGGAGGCACGCUUUAGUUGGACUAGCUGUCGGGGCUACAGCCGGGUUGGGUCUCCUUGCCUUCGUAGUGUACCGGGAGCUGAGCAGGAGGAGGAACGUGGUGUCGGAGAACCGUCCAGCGGCUCGGCUGUCCGCUUCAGAUGGAGGAUCUCGGUUCCAGGAGCCGAUGGAUGCUAACGAGAUGGAGGCCCAGCAGCAGGCGUUAGCAGCAGUGGAGGCCGUGGUGCAGGGUUUGUCCCCGGAGCAGCAGCUGGAACUCAGAAACCAGUUGGAUCAGGUGCUGAGCUGCAUGGCCUCGCUGCGUUCCGAGGUGGCUGAGCUGAGGGGGGGGCUGCAUGACAUCGCCCUGCAGAUCAUCCAGGAUGUCAAAAAGGGUGUAGAGGAGAGUAGGCUGGUCCGUCGCAGGCACCAUGUUGUCCACAGAGAGCGCACUGACUCUGCUAGCUCCAGCUCCAUUUACUUCACUGCCAGCCAGGGCCUGUCCAGCACCUGGGACAGCUCAACUGAAGGAGGGUACUCUACAGCCUGUGCUGAGUCCAACUACACAGACCGAGACACAGACAGAGAAGACCCGGAGCAGGAGUCUGAGGAAGAGGAGGAGGAGGAGGAAGACCGAAGCUGUGCCACCGUCCUCACCCUCCGUCAAGAAGAAUCCCCAGAGGAAGACGAGGAGGAUGAGGAUGAGGGGAGGCUGCAGCUGGGGCCUGAGGUUCCUAAUGGAGAGCUGGCUCUCCUCUUGGCUCAGAGUGACAUCCUCCACACAGGAGAUGCAAGUUUAAAAGCGAAGGGUUUUCGCCUGCUGCUGGAGAACAGACCAGAGCACGGAGAUAACGAACAGUUUCUGUGGCGACUUGCCCGAGCGUACGUUGACAUGUACGAGUCUGCUGAGGACGAGCAGGAGAAGACCAGCUAUGCACUAAAAGGUCGGGAGGAGGCGGAGGAGGCCCUGCAGAAUAAUGGUCUGAACGCCGAGUGUCAUAAAUGGUUUGCUGUGCUGACUGGACUGGCCUCGCAGCAUGAGAGCACUCACAGCAAACUCAGGAGCAGCAGCAUACUGAAGGAGCAUGUGGACCGAGCUCUGGCCCUCAGAGAUGAUGACCCGAUGUGUUACUACCUGCUUGGCAGGUGGUGCUAUGAGGUAGCCACAUGGGACUGGUUGGACAAAAAGGCAGCUGCCACUCUCUACAGGAGCCUCCCCACCUGCACCCUGCACACUGCUCUGGAGAACUUCUUGAAGGCGGAGGAGCUCAGUCCAGGUUUUUCCAGGACUGUGAGACUUUACAUCGCCAAGUGUUACAUGGAGCUGGGAAACUGUUCUGAUGCCACAAACUGGACCAAGCUGGCUCUGAAGAUCCCCUCGAACUCUAAACAUGAUGAAGACGUGUGUAAACUGGAGGCGGAGCUUCAGGUUUUAGCUGACAACCCAACAUGAAAUGUUUGAAGAAGCGGACAGGAAAUGGUCUGUUCCUUCGUUGGUGGAAGUGUUUGUCACUGUGAAAUUCUUCUGAGUUUGUUGGUGAAUUUUGGUUUGUUUUUUUAAUGUAACUCUGCUGAUGGAACUACAGUGAACAUGGCUCUCAAACGAACAUUUCUCUAUUUUAGUUCUCAUGAGUGAAUCGUUACUUAAUUUAACUUAAUUCUAAUAACAUCUGAAUCUAAAAUAAACAAUUUAACAGAAAGCAUGCUUUCCCCUGCCCCCACCCCUAAUCAUUUAGUUUAUAACACAGUCAUAGUUUCUGUGUUUUUCAGUUGAAGGUGGAUGCUGCUCCUCAGUCCAGUCCUAUGAGGCGUGUAGAGUGUGGUUGCUCCACAGGUUGUGUAGUUGUAAUCUCACAGUUUCAUCAGAAUGAGGCCUGGAGCUCCUUUUGAAGUCUGAUGGAGCUAACUUCUGGCUCACCAAUGGGAACUCUGUCUCAACUCAAGAAAUAAAACCAGUUGGCAUAUUGAAGGAAUAUCUUUUAAUAUUUUACAAUACAUUCUCACCUAUGUGAAUACUUAUUUUGCUCUGUGUGAAUAAAGAAAUAAAUCCUUUUUUGUCUUUAAACUUUAAA